CCUGUGUUUUGUGUGGGGGCGAAAGCGUGUUGCCCCGUUUUCCUUACAAUUCCCCAUUCUUGGAUAUAACAUGAAUGAUUUGAACCUGCGAGUGGCUGCUCUGAAGCUAUGUGCCCAUCCCAAGCGUUUUGCGGAGCUCCGAGAUGCUUUGGUGCCACUACCAGAGCGGUGGAGUUCAGAUUCCCACGAAUUUGUGAGCCUAUUUGCAAAGGCCCAGAGCAGUGCCGAACAGGUCCUGGCGGUUAAGGAGCUAUUUUACAAGGACAAGGAUCUGCAUCUGGAGAAGAUUCCCCUGGUGGAGCUCUUUCUGGCCGAUCUUCUGUUUGCUAGUCCAUUGAAGCACGCCGUGCGGAAUCAAUUGACAAGACUCUUCUCGGACAAAGCCUUGGCCAAAAAGGUCCAAAACGUGGAACAUGGCCACACAAAGGACUCCCUACUGAAGGCCCUUCUGCAGGCUCUCAAGGACCUGAUUGGCACGGACCUAGAGCUGAGGAGCCACGACUCUAUCAAUGACAUCUUCGUUUCCGCCAACGCCUGUCUCCAGAACUUUCCAUAUGGGCACGAAAUUCUUGGCGAAUCCUUGGAAUUAUUAAUCCCACUUCUUCCCCUGGGCUUGGAGCGUUAUUGGAAAGAUAUUAGUGAUACCUCGGUAGAACUGUCACCCACGCGUCGCAAUGAGCUGUACCUCUACCUCCAGAAUGUCCUGCGCUUCCUGGUUAGCCUGCUUUCCGAGUGGAGCUCGGAUCUUGGCCAGGAAUCCUGUCAAGCUUUGCUGAGAAGAGCGGAUGCCAUUGCCCAGAAGGUGGCCCGCCACGUGGACACACCCUGGGACGUCCGUUCCAUAGCUGGACUGUUGAUCGGCCACCUGGCGCGUCUCUCUGGCGGUUUUUCCGGCUACCUGCAACAUUGUGCCCGUGCCGAGGCAGAGCCCCGGGAUCUGCCCAUCCAGACGGCUGCUCUGCUGGUGCUUCAGCCUUUAGAUUACCCGGAACACGCUCCCGUUGUCCUGUCCAUACUCCAGGCCGUCCUGGCAGUCGGUCAGCGGGAGGGGAACGUGAGCAACCUGCUCGUCUAUCUCUCCAAGCACUUGUUCAUCUACUCCAAGUCCUUGGGGGAUGUUGAGGCCGGGUUCUACCAAAGCAUCCUGCCGGAGUUGCAGGGAUUCGCGCUACAGCACCUAGCCAGUCCCACGGACUCGGUGCGGCACAUGUCCAGUGGCCUGUUCCGCCAGACUCUGCAGCACGCCCAGGCCGCUGGGCAGGUGGAGCUCUUCCAGGUCGUCUACAAGCAGUUCGAGGAGCGCAGUGCUUCCCUGGGAGCCAGCUGCCUCGCGCUGGAACAUCUCGUGGGUGUGGUGGGCGUGGCAGAGGCCCUAAAUCAGUGCCCGUCGCUGGUGAAAGAAAUCUUUCCCAGAUUCCUGGGCCUUGAGGAUAGCGUGGACUCACUUUUCAGAGCCAUGAUGGUGGCAGCUCACAAAGCCCAAACCUUCGAGGACUGGCAUCGUCUGUGGUUCACGCAGCUCUUGGAGGCUCUCCAGGUACCCGAAAAACGGCGCUCGGCCGUGGAGCACCUGAUGACCCAGGCCGUGCAGCUGGAGCCAACGGCUCUGGUGAACCUGCUCCUGAAGGACGGUCAUCUGCCCCUAAGUAGCAAGCUGGCAGCCAUCCUGAGUGUGCGGCAACUCAGCAAGCGGCGCCAGGAGUUCCUUUCUAGUCUGAAGCCCGAGCUGGAGCAGGCUCUGCUGGGAUUGGACGACCACACGCGACUGCUGGCCCUGCGCUUCGUGGUGGAGACGCCGCGACCGAGUGACCCCUUAAGCCGGGAAGAGGCGGAGGCCAUCAAGCUGUACCUGAAGCACAAUGCCAACAAUCCCAGCGCCCACCUCCGGCAGCUAGGCUACGGCCUCCUGCAGAAGGCUCUGCAAAGGAUUCGCUUGGGUCUGGCUGAGCACCAGAAGCGCCCCAGUCCUGCUGGGAAGCUGCUCCGGGACCUACUCUUAGGCCUGAUGCAGUUGCUCGCCCGGAACCUCUUCCCUUCGGCGAACUACGGGAGACGAUGGCUGUCGCUGCACUUGCUCCGCGACUGCGUGGAUCUCUGCCGCCAGUUGGAGCUGAGGGAGUGGGAGGAAGAGCUGCCAUCAGUUGCCUUAAGGAACCUGGAGCUCUGCCUGGGCGACAGCUACGAACAAAACAAAGUCCUGGUCGCUCGGCUCCUGGAGAAACUGCAAGCCAAGUCUGAUCUGAAUCCAGUGGAGAUAAUGGAACUCCUGCUAUCUCUGAGGCCUCCAGACUCGGUGACAGGAGCCUUCCAGCUCCAAGUCUACUGCCGCGUUCAGGAAGUAUCAGAGGAACUGCCUGCAGCUCAACUUCCGGAGGAUAUCAGCCAAGAAACCAGGAUCUAUGCAGCUCUCCAGUGGUGCUUGGAGCAUUUAAGAGAAGGACUUAGUCUCGCACAAAAGGACCUGGCCCAGGCGGCCAAGCUAAACCCACUCUAUGGGCUGCUCUUCGCCAGUCGGCACCUCCUCCAGCAGAUGGACCUGAAGCAACUGGCCAAGGAACCGGCUUGGAGGCAGUACGUUCAUGAUCUGGUGGCGAUCUGCCUCGAAGUGAGCCGAGUGGUCCUGCCAGUGGUGAGCAGCGCCUCGCCGGAGGGGCACCUACCGGAGACGCGCGACCAGGAGACGGACCAGCCACUCACCAAUGUGCUUAGCCGGCGACUGGCUAGUGAGGCACUGCAGCAGGUGAAGACCACGCCGCAAAUGGUGCUGCUGUGUGCCUGGCGGAGCAUUAAGGAGGUGUCCCUGAUCCUGGGCGAACUGGUGGAGCGGGCGCCGCUGGAGGAGGAGGAGAGGCAGAAGAAGCAGCAGAGUAAUCCGGAAAUCAGCUUUCUUUUGAGCAGUCAGCAGCUGGAGGAGAUUGGAGAGCUAUUCCUUCUUCUGCUGGCCGAAACCAAGCAUAGGGGCGCUUUCGAGCAGGCCUACGUGGGCUUCCAGCUGCUGUGCCGACGGUUCUGGCACAGUGACGCCGUGCGUCUGAACCAGCUACCCAACCAGUGGGUCAGCGAGGCCAUGUCGAUGGUCAGUGGCGCCGGGGACAACGACCAGAAGGAACAAAAGACUCGCCUUUGCUCCACCCGGCGCAGUGCCGGAAUGCCCUUCAUGCUGCAAGCCCUGAUCUGUACGGAAUUGAAGCUUGGGACGCACGCCACACUCCACCGAUGCAUGCAGCGCCUCCUGGAAGUGUGUGAGGAGAGGAGCGCCACUCCCGCCGGCGUCACUGCCCGCAGCCACGCCCUCAACAUCCUGCGCGCCCUCUUCCGGUGCAGCGAGCUGGCCGAGUUGGUCACCGAGUUCGUGGCCCGCGGCAUUCGCUGCGCCCUGGAGAGCCUCCUGGCCGAGGAGUGGGCGGAGCGGAACUGUGCCACCCUCCUCCUUGCCGCCCUGGUGGUGCGGGUCUUCGGGGUGGAGCGCGCCCGCCUCGAGUCUGGAGAGCUUCAUGUCCGCAACCGGAUGACGGGCAGGAUAUUCUUCACCAGGUAUCCGGAGCUCUUCGACUACUUCCACGCCGGAUUGCAGCGCGAGGCGGAUCAGAUGGCAGGCAGGAAAGGCGGGCAGAGUGGAGGCAACGAGAAGCGCCGUCAGACCGUCCAGCUGGAGGCCAUGCUGCUCAUGCUGAGUCGUCUCUAUCCUUCGUCCUUGGAGGGAGCCGAGUCCUCGUUGAAUCUCAGCAAGUUUGUUCCUUUCCUGCUAAAAAUCUGCCGUUCUCAUGACCUGAUGACCCGCGAGAGAGCCGCCCUGGUGGUGGCCAACUUCGUUAGCCAGGAUCAGGCUCUGGCCGAGAUCAGGCGCAUUGUGGUGGGGUUGAAAGCGCUGCAGCUAAAGUUGAAGCUUCAGAAACCCUUACAUUUCAAUGGAAACCACUGGCAUGGCCAGCUGCUCCUGCUCCUUCAGAUGCAGCGGUUGGUGCGGUGGACGAGUCCUUCCCUGGCCAGGAUGCAACUGCACACACUAGCCUCCUUGGCAGCUCCCUUCCUUCAGCUCAACGCCUGUGUUUUUGGCGCGCUGCUGGAUGUGAUGGCCGUUGUCCUCGAGGAGGCCACCCAACUAGAUGGGUGUCUCCUUAAAGCCCUUUCUGUCGUCUUGGAGUUGGAUCAAGGAGACAUAUCAAGGCGGUGUGGCGAGCAGGGAAUCUCCACUAGGUGCUAUCAAGUGGUCUGCCUGCACUUGCGACGCUUAGGUGGCAACACAGAGGCUUUGGUACAACACUUGGAGGAACUGGGAGAGGAUUACUCCCGCUCGGGCGCCUUGGCUGUGGAACUUUGGCUCUAUGUACUCCUGCAGCGCUCCCAGGACGCUGACCAGGAAGUAGAUCACUUCAACUUUGCCAGCGACACGAGGAAGUACUUCAACGCCCUUAGCCCUGGCCAGCGCCAGGAGGUCACGCUUCGGUUGUACGAGUCCCAGAGAGUACGCUCAUGCGUCCUGAAAAUGGUGGAGUCACCCAGGUGUUGGGGUCUCGAGCUGGAUGCUCGUCUUACUGCCCUGCAGCCCCUGCUUCGGGAUCCGGGGCUGGAUCUGGAAAAGCUGCUCCAGCGCUGCAAGGACACUAGCUUCAGCUGGCAGCAUCCGGGACUGGUGUUGUCCCUGAAACGGCUGAUCGAAGAAAAGAGGAGGCUGGAGUGGUCCAGCUGGCUGCCCAUCCUGGAGUACGCCUUGCGCCUGGUGGACCCCGUCCAGCCGAACUACCUUCGCUUUCAGGCCGCCGAGCUGUGUCACCUGCUGGGCCAAAGCGGAGUUAAGAGUGUGAUCGGCAGCUCCAAUGCGGACAUCGUUGGCAGCUUUAUCCGACUCGUGCUCCUCCUUCUGUUGGACGAGGCCGAGUGGGUGCGCCAUCGAGCUGCCCUAUUGGUGGUGGAACAGUCUGGGGAUGACAAGGUUAUCCUGCCCAGCGUCCUCAUUCCCAGAUUCCUCAAGUCCAUGCUGCGGAAUGUGCGGGAAACUGCUCCCGACUCCGAGUUUGUGACGCGCCUGUUUCAAUUGAUUUCAGAGCCUUUUGUGGCCUCCAAGGAUAACGAGGAGCAGGCUCCGGAUUUGGACGCGGAGGUGGAAGUGUUUGACAAGCAAGAAAUCAAUCUGUAUUGCGAGUCCUUGCUGGUCCUCUGCCAGGUGGCCGUUGCUUUUAGAGAGAACUUCGCCGCAUGCCAAACAGUCAUGAAUACCAUCGAUUCCUUGGGCUUGCCCGCCGACUUGGUGGAUUAGUCGCCAGAUUACCUCAUCUUUAAGGAGAUACUUAGCCGUUGUAGAUACAAUUUUGUUGUAACCUUAAUAAAUAUUUAAUAUUUAAGAAUAAAGAAUAAAUAAAAAGA